CCGGCUCGUUGACGCUGAAAGAGAGAAGACAACAGACAUGGUAACUCUUCUGGAGGACGGACACCCACGUCUGUGUCCGGCUGUAACACCGGACGGACGCUCACCUCUGGUUACAGCACAUCACCGCCAUGAGCAGCAGUGCCAGGAUAUCAAAGAGCCCUGUUCUCCGGGGUCCCCACAUCCCUGUGCGGCGUGUGGAUGGAUGGGUGCCGUCCAGCGUUCAACAAAUGACUGAGUGAAGGAGCCACGGUGCUCACACUGCCUCCUGGAUCAGCAUCUCUCCUCCUCUCCUCCUCCUCCUCUCACUGGCCACAGAUCCUCCCGCUUCUCUGGCCGCACUGCUCGCUCGUCUCUUUAAUUCGCACCAGAGUCUAUUUGCAUUGUACUUCGCCUUUGGAUACACUAUUGGAUUUUCUGCAGAGCUUGCUGUGUGCUCGCGGCUCCUCGGAGACCAAACUAAAGGAUGGUCAGUCAGCACAAGUGUUGGGAAGCCUUUACAUUUUCGCUGCCAACCUUUUAAUCGCUGUGGGGCGAAAUAAAGCUCGCUGACAGUGGAAUUAGUCCACAGCUUUUCUCUCUGUCUCUCCGUGUCUCUCCGUGUCUCUGUCUCCCUCUCCAAUAUGCAGUCACUGUGCGCGGAUGGAGGUGACGUUCUUCAGAAUUGAUGCCAAAUACUAAACAGUGCAAUCUGCGUGUGAGACAUCUGCGGAGCUGGGAGAAGUUUGACUGCGCAUCGUCUUGUGUGGAAUGGGCGAUGGAAUGUGCUACAGCUUUGCAAUGAGACGUCUGUGGGUCUGUGUCUUGCUUGUGAGCAUCACCUGCCGUCUGAGCCUCUCCCAGGAUGUAACUGGAACUCCCAAAGAGGCUGAAAUAAAUGACAACAUUACCAUCUUCACACGCAUCCUGGACGGGCUGCUGGAUGGUUACGACUACAGACUCCGCCCUGGACUGGGAGAGAAGGUGACGGAAAUCAAAACCAACAUCUUCGUCACCAGCUUCGGUCCAGUCUCUGACACUGAGAUGGAGUACACUAUUGACGUGUUCUUCCGUCAAAGCUGGAAAGAUGAGAGACUUUGCUUCAAAGGCCCGAUGGAGAUGCUCCCCCUGAAUAACCUCCUGGCCAGCAACAUCUGGACUCCGGACACCUUCUUCCUCAACGGGAAGAAAUCCAUCGCACACAAUAUGACAACACCCAACAAGCUCCUGCGGCUGAAAGACGACGGCACUCUGCUGUACACCAUGAGACUGACUAUAUCAGCAGAAUGCCCCAUGCAGCUGGAGGACUUCCCCAUGGACGCCCAUGCUUGUCCCCUUAAAUUUGGAAGCUAUGCGUAUCCGGUCUCGGAGGUGGUCUACACGUGGACUAAGGGUGCAGCAAAGUCGGUGGUGGUGGCAGAGGAAGGAUCCCGACUCAACCAGUAUCAUCUGAUUGGUCAGACCGCAGGGACAGAGGACAUCUACACCAGCCGAGGUCAAUACACCGUGAUGAUGGCUCACUUUUACCUAAAGAGGAAGAUCGGCUACUUUGUCAUCCAGACGUACAUGCCUUGCUUCAUGACUGUAAUCCUGUCGCAGGUUUCCUUUUGGCUCAACCGGGAGUCUGUGCCAGCGCGGACCGUCUUUGGUGUGACCACAGUGCUCACUAUGACCACUCUCAGCAUCAGCGCUCGAAACUCGCUGCCUAAAGUGGCUUACGCUACAGCUAUGGACUGGUUCAUCGCAGUGUGCUAUGCCUUUGUCUUCUCCGCCCUCAUUGAGUUUGCCACAGUUAACUACUUCACCAAGAGGAGCUGGGCCUGGGAUGGAAAAAAGGCGAUGGAGGCUCAACAGCCCAAGAAGAAGGACCCUUUGGCUCUGUCUAAAAAGCCAAACAACACCUGCUCGGCCGGUGUGAAUUACACAACCAACCUCACCAAGGACGCAUCCAUCUCUACUAUUUCAAACAGCACGGCUGUUCAGCUCAAACCCUCUGAAUCCAAGGCCCCGGACCCCAAAAAGACUUACAACAGCGUGAGCAAGAUCGACAAGAUGUCCAGAAUAGUGUUCCCGGUGUUGUUUGGGACCUUUAACCUGGUGUACUGGGCUACGUAUCUCAAUAGGGAACCAGUGAUCAAAGGAGCAGUUUAAGCUCUGCGAUCAGGAUCAUUUAUCCUCCUGAUGACCACUUCAGGAUUUCAUCACUGGAACGCAAUCAAAAUCAAUGCCAAGCACUUAGUCCUUGUAUCAUAGAUGUGUUUUUUUAGCUCAUUGGAUCACACUGCAUGUCUGUCGCUUCAGAAAAAUGUUGCCUUGAGUUUGUACAUGUAUAAUACACGAGUUUUCAGUUUAUAUCAUUUUAGAC